CCCGCUAGCCAGUGCAACACUGGCUCGAUCCAGUGCUGCGACAGUGUUCAGCAGGCUACGAGUCCCGAUGCUACCGGGCUCUUUGGUCUGCUCAACAUCGUUCUGACCGAGUUGGACGUCCUCGUUGGCAUCACAUGCAGCCCGCUGUCUCUCAUCGGCAUUGGCGGUAACAGCUGCUCUGCGAGCCCCGUCUGCUGCGAGAACAAUAGCUUCGGCGGACUCAUCUCCAUCGGCUGUAUUCCGAUCAUCCUUGAACUUUGA